GAGAUCCGCCAUGUUGAGUUUCUGCGAGUAAGGAAAGAGAACACAAACACAUUGAUAUUUAUUUCCUGAAACCUUAUUAGAAAUGUCGAAGGGAACAACAAUCAAGGAUGCCUUGGCAAAAUGGGAACAGAAACAUGAGAAAAAAGCAUCAGAAUCAGAUGAAGUCAAGCUAUAUGCACAGUAUCCUCCAAUAGAAAAGAUGGAUGCUUCCUUGUCUACUCUUACAAACUGUGUGAAACUGUCCUUAUCCACAAACUGCAUUGAAAAAAUUGCCAACCUUAAUGGUUUACGGAAUCUGAAAAUUCUGUCACUGGGAAGAAAUAACAUAAAAAAUCUUAAUGGCUUGGAAGCUGUAGCAGAGACUCUUGAAGAACUCUGGAUAUCCUACAAUAACAUUGAGAAGUUAAAGGGCAUUGGUGUACUUAAAAAACUGAAGGUUCUGUACAUGUCAAACAACCAAGUUAAGACGUGGGAUGAAUUUCAGAAACUGGUUGAUCUUCCACUGUUAGAAGAUUUGUUGUUUGUUGGUAAUCCUCUGGAAGAGAAACAUUCCAAUGAUGGGGAUUGGAGGGACCUUGCUACUAAGAGAUUGUCAAAGCUGAAAAAGUUGGAUGGAGUUCCUGUGGUCAGACAAGAAGAGGAAGAAGAAGAAGAACCAGCCUAAAAGUCGUGAAUAAUUUGCAACUGAACGCUGCGUGAUAAACUCAGAGUUAUUUGUAACUAAGUAUAUCAUAUGGUUAUACACAUGUAAAUAUGUUCAGCAUGUUGUACAGAAUACAGUACAUGUAUUUCUUUAA